CGACUUCUGUCUACCUCGACCCUGUCACCAUCAGGAACUGUCGAUAUAUGAGUGAGAAGAAAGGAAGGAUACGUCUAGAAACAAGAAACCAUGGCGACAGUUAACAAGCCCACCGACACGAAGCAGAAGGAGCUGGACGUCAACCGCAAGUUGCAGUUGUACGGCAUUUUCAGCGCUUUCCAACUGGGCAAAGUACCUUCAAACGACCAGAUCGAUGUUGCCCUCAACAGCUUUAUCUCUAGCAGGGCCUUGUCCAACCCUUCCAAGAGGCUGUCACCUGAAGGUCGGGAACUGGUUGCCGAGUUUGUAGAUGUCGUUAAGCAGGCCAAAAACUUGCUGCUUUCAAAGAAUGAAGGGAACCUGCUCCAAGACUUCAUUUGGCAAACCCAGAAAUUCGAUGCGAGCACCAUCAGCACGCCUGAUGCUCCCGUCACCAAGGAACAGGCGAAGCAACAUGGCGACAAAGCCCUCGAAGGCCUCAGGACACUGGGAACUUUGCUGAUCACAAACGGCCAGUUCCGAAAGCUUCUGAGCGAUGCCACUAUCCUUAUCCGUGAUAUGGCCGGCGAUGCCGCUACCAAUGCUGCCACUAAAGUGCGGCCUUCAGAGGACAAGUUGAACCAAAUCGAUGCGCCUGCAGAUGACAACACUUGGCACGACGCUCCAGACUUCUCAAAGGAGAACAUGAGGUCUCAGUUCCAGAGCCUCACCAAGAAAGCCCCUACUGAAGAUGCCAAGGAUGCUGCCAACACGACUCUCGAGGGAGCUCGCCAGCCUGAUGGCAGUUUGAACCCUCAGGCAGGAGCUGUGACGGCCUCCAAUGUUGCCUCUGAGAAGGUUAAUGCUAAUGUUUCCGAUCAAGAUCGCGAGGCAGCUAAGAACACGGCAGCCGAGUACCGCCGCCAAGCCCGCGAGUACUUGAGCAAAAAGGUCCCGCAAGAGCGCCGUGAUCAGACUGUCUGGCGACUCAAGAAGAUGGUACUUGAAUGCCAGCAGCACCCUGACUACCAGCAAGCUAUCACAACUCUCCUGGACUUGGCCGAGCAAUACGGCAGCCAUGGUAAAAACUUGACAUCCGGCGGUACCGGAACUGUGAAGCAAACCCGAUCCGCCUUUGCUGCGGCAGAGGCCGAUCUCAAAGUUCUCAUUGAGAGAUUCGCCAACGGUACAUCCAGCGAUGACAUAUGGGCCUCCAUCAACCAGAUUUACGAGGAUGCUGACAAGGAUCCUGAACUGCGCAACUGGUUCAAGUCCAUGGAUACCUACAUUCGCAAGUGUCUUCAGCAGCAAGGUUACAUCAUGGAAGAGGAAUGCAACCGUCAGUGGAACUUACUCUACGAUCAUGGUAACUAUCUACUUCGCGAGAAGUACCGAACACACACCGAUCGCAUUGUCGAUGAGGUCAAGUUUAUGGCCAACCAGUUCGACCAGGACCCCCAGAACAAGGCUUUCAGCCUCUCUGUGCAAAAGCUAUUCAAGCACUUGGGUAACGACGAGAACGGUAAGCCUACAUUCAAGCCUCAUCUUGUCAAGGAUUUGACGGAAGUCAUCAUCCCCGCUACCAUGGAGAACGUGGCAUAUAUCCCCAUCCCCCGAAUUGAGUACUCGGAUCGCCAGAUCGACGCUAUUGUUGAGAACCUCGUUCUCGAAAGCGACAACUUCAUGCCCAACGUUUUCGAGGUUGCCAGCGAUAACUUUUUCAGCUGGGGUCGCAAGAAGAACCCAAGCCACCGCAAGAACUCCAUCGACGUCAAAGUCAGUGGUGUGCAGAUGGAUCUGCGCGACGUGAGCUACUACAUCAAGCGCAAGGAAGGUUUCCCUUCCAUCACCGACCAGGGUGUUGCCAAUCUAUUCCUCGGCGGUUCAGGCUUCUCCUUCCGCAUGAAGUUGUCCAGUGCGGACCCCAAGGACAAGCAGCACUUCUUCAAGAUUGACAAGGUAGAUGUUGAUGUCCAGAACCUCAAGGUGAAGCUCGUCAAGUCGCAGCAUAAGCUCUUGUUCGGCAUCUUCAAGCCCAUGUUGCUCAAGGUGAUGCGUCCUGUCGUGCAGAAGGUGGCAGAGAAGCAGAUCAAGGACCAGUUCAACCAGCUUGAUCAGAUGCUGUACAUGAUCAAGAAAGAGGCCGACCGCGCUAUGGAAGAGGCCAAGAACGACCCUGAGAACGUACCCAACAUCUACCGCCGCUAUGUCGACGCCGCACAGAAGCAAGUUCUGCAAAAGAAGCAGCAGGCUCAGAAGAUGGCCGACAAGAUGGCCGACAAGAAGGUCAACGUCGCUGUAACCAAGGAAGAGAGCAUGUUCAAGAACAUCCACCUCCCCGGGGGCAUCAGCUCCAAGGCCACCGAGUUCAAGGAACUCGCGCGCAAGGGCGAGAAAUGGGAAAGCCCUGUAUUCUCAAUCGGCAGCUCGGGCAAGAGCACGAACAUCCCCACCGCGCCCAAGGUCACCCGCAAGCCACACUCCGUUACCAAUCCUGCUGCUCAACAACAAACCACUACCACCUCUACUGCUACCACUGCUACCAAUGGCGGCUAUACCAACGGCGGAUACACCAAUGGUCACGCGAACAUGAAUGGUCGAGCGCUUAAUGGUGGAUACACCAACGCUAAUGGGAAUACCAUGAUGGAUAACAAAAUCUACAAGCCUGUCGCUGUCUAAGUUUCCACAUAUCUAAAUCGACACCAAUACGCACGCUUUCAUAGCAGAAGACACUCUAUGUCGCUUCGUUGAUACCCUCACCACAAAAGAGA